AUGCCUUCGUCAGACUCCGAGUCAGAAUACUUCGAUGAUGACUUUGUAGAGCGCAGUACCUCCGACGGCGGUGCGCCCCCUCGCCCUGUCAAACGGCGUCGAGUGCAACUCCCCUCACGCGGGGAAGAAGAUGAUGACGAAGAGAAUGUUUCCGAGACUGACUCGUUCUCUGAUUUCGACGAGGAUCUACCAAACUAUCGCGAAUCCUCUGACGCGUAUGAAGACCGGCGAUCAAAGUCUCGGAGCUUCAUACCCAAAAAAAGCAACUUGCAGGAGAACAUGUUUGUAACGCAACUCACACAACCUGGCUCUAGCCCUGAGCGGAUUCGCGGCCCUCGGUGGAAAAAGCCAGAUCCUGACCCGCCACCUCUACCUAUGGCUCCUCCUGCUCCUCCUGCCUCGACGAAUGCGACGAGGAGAAAGUCCAAUCACUACUCCGACGAGGAGGAAGAGCUGAGAGCAGCAUUGGCAGCAUCGCUAGACGCCUUUGAAGAGGAGAAGUCAUUCAGGACUGCAGAGAACCCUAGUAUAUCGAAACAUACAGGCCCACCUCAACCUGUGUCUUCACAUGAGCAAAAUAACGGCUCCAUGGAUGUCUCUUUCGAGUUGGAGGACAUACCGGACGAUGCGUUCGAUUCUUCGCCAGCUCUGUCGCCGGUUGCACGUCCAGCCCGACUCCCUACAAUUGAAUCGAGCUUCUCGAGACCGCCAAAUCGACCGCAGCAUCUCCGACAAACCACACUCUUUGGCAUGGCCAUCCAGAACGAACCACCUAUGCCACGAGAAGAAGACUUCGCGCCACCUGAGAAAGUCGAACCCCCAACACAUCAUAAAUUGAACAAAGAUGCGCUCGACAAAUGGUGGUAUCCAACAAACCUGGGCAAUAUCCGUGAUUACCAGUUUAAUAUCACCCAGAAAGGCCUUUAUCACAAUUUACUGGUAGCCUUGCCAACUGGGUUGGGAAAGACGUUUAUUGCGGCAACGGUUAUGCUCAAUUGGUUUCGAUGGACCAAGGACUCUCAGAUCAUUUUCGUGGCCCCCACGAAGCCACUAGUCUCCCAGCAGGUAACAGCAUGUCUGGAUAUUGCUGGGAUUCCACGAUCCCAGACUACAAUGCUUACUGGAGGUGCAUCGCCUGGCAUCCGCGCAGAAGAGUGGCAAUCGAAGCGAGUGUUUUUCAUGACUCCCCAAACAUUGAUCAAUGACUUGAAGACCGGAAUCGCAGAUCCAAAGCGCAUUGUCCUGGUGGUCGUGGAUGAGGCGCAUCGUGCUACUGGCGGCUACGCCUAUGUCGAAGUGGUCAAAUUCCUGCGACGGUUCAACAAGAGUUUCCGUGUUCUCGCGCUGACUGCUACGCCUGGCUCGACCGUGGAAUCAGUACAGGCGGUUAUUGAUGGCCUCGACAUUUCACGAGUGGAAAUUCGCACUGAGAAUUCAAUUGAUAUUCGGGACUACGUCCACUCUCGGAAUAUCGAAAUUGAGACAUUUGAAAAUUCGGAUGAGAUGCUCUUUUGCAUGGACCUUUUAUCAACGACUUUGCGACCUCUAGUGGAACAACUUCGAACAAUGAAUGCGUAUUGGGGAAGAGAUCCAAUGGGUUUGACAGCAUUCGGUCUUACGAAGGCAAGACAACAAUGGAUGGCGUCCGAUGCCGGCCGAAAUGCCAACUUUGGUCUCAAGGGCAAAGUCAAUGCAAUUUUCACAGUCCUUGCAAGCCUGGCUCAUGCCAUAGACUUGUUGAAGUUCCACGGAAUCGUCCCUUUCUAUCGCCACAUCCAACAUUUCAAAUCGAAUACCGACGGACAGAAAAGCGGCAAAUGGCAGAAACAAGUUGUCCAGGACGAGAGUUUCAAGAAGCUUAUCAGCCAUCUCGAGCCCUGGUCCAAGAACCCAGAGUUUAUUGGCCACCCGAAAUUGGAGUAUCUCAAGUCCGUAAUCCUGAAUCAUUUCAUGGAUAGGGGCGAAGGAAAAGAAAAUAUCGAUGGCAACAGUCAACCAGGAACGCGAGUCAUGAUCUUUGUACAUUUUCGUGACAGCGCCGAAGAAGUGACUAGGGUGUUGAAGAGAUACGAACCUAUGAUCCGUCCGCAUGUUUUCGUGGGCCAAAGUAGCGCCAAGGGCUCAGAGGGGAUGGAUCAGAAAACCCAACUUAAGAUCAUCCAAGAGUUCAAGAAGGGCACAUAUAACACUAUCGUCGCCACGUCCAUUGGUGAAGAAGGGUUGGAUAUUGGUGAGGUCGAUCUCAUCGUGUGUUACGACUCCUCUGCAUCGCCGAUUCGCAUGCUGCAGCGAAUGGGUCGAACCGGCCGUAAGAGAGCCGGAAACAUUACGUUGCUCCUUAUGAAGGGCAAAGAGGAAGAUUCCUAUGUCAAGGCCAAGGACAACUAUGAGAAGAUGCAACAGAUGAUAGCCAGUGGCUCUCGAUUUACAUUUCACGACGAUCGAUCUGCUCGUAUCUUACCUGCUGGAGUACGUCCAGUGGCCGACAAGCGGAUCAUCGAUGUCCCCCAAGAGAACUCACAGCGAGAGCUGCCCGAGCCAAAGCGCAAAGGACGUGCGCCUAAACGACCACCGAAGAAAUUUAAUAUGCCUGAUGAUGUGGACACUGGCUUUACUCGCGCAUCAACACUCGAAGCAAGUUUUAGCAAGGCCAAGGCGAAAAAGCUUACCCCCAAGAAGAGAGUUAGAACCCCUACACCAGAACCAGUCGAUAUCCCAUCUUUGGACGAAGUGGUUCUCAAUGAUCAAGAACAGCGAGAUCUCGAACGGCGCUAUCAAAACAUCGGAGACACAUCGCCACAAUACAUCAGCGUCCCGCGAAAUGAUGCAUUUCCGCACCUCCAGCUUGUUUCGAGACCAAUCAAGUCUGUUCCGCAUGGCUCCCUUACCCGGCGAAUGAUCCAGACUCUACAAAAGAUGAACCAGGCUGGACCUGACUGCGAGCAUUAUUACAAGCAGAUCUUGGCUCGCGAACCCAUUGAACCUAAAAGUGGAUCAACAACAGAGCAUCGAGUCAGCAAUAAAUCAACAAAACCGUCGAAGGAUUGGACUUCUCGCCGAGUCGCAGUUCCAGACUCUGAUCACCAACCUAGACGGUCAUCUCCCCUCUUUGUUAGCGAGUUCGAUGAUGACUCUGACUCUGAUCUACCUGACAUAAACACGCUCAUGAGUAGCGCGUCGAAGGCUAAGGCUCAGAAUGCUCAUAAGGCCCACAAUCCUCGCAUUGAGAUUGAGGAUGACGGCGAGGACGAUUCAUGGAUAUUUUGA